CCCCCUCAGGAGGCGGGUGUCCGUCGCGUAUCGAGGCCGCUCUCGUCGCUGAGUGAAGGAGGGAGGGAAGGAGCGAUUCGGAGAGAGAGAGAGAGAGAGAGAGAAGGGGGAGUGUGUGAGAGAAGAGCUGACACCAUGUGCGGAAUUUUUGCGUACCUGAAUUACCAUGUACCCAGGACCAGGAGGGAGAUUCUGGAAACGCUCAUCAAGGGACUUCAGCGUCUCGAAUACAGAGGAUAUGAUUCUGCUGGUGUUGGAAUCGACGGUGGAAAUGACAAGAACUGGGAGAAAAAUGCACGUCAGAUCCACCUGAUCAAGAAGAGUGGCAAGGUCAAAGCCCUGGAGGAUGAAAUUGAAAAGCAAGAUUCCAUUGAUUUUGACAUUGAUUUUGAAGUACAUCUUGGCAUUGCCCACACACGAUGGGCAACUCACGGUGUUCCGAGCUCCAUCAACAGUCAUCCACAAAGGUCUGACAAGAACAAUGAGUUUGUUGUCAUCCACAAUGGCAUCAUUACAAACUACAAGGACCUGAAGAAAUUCUUGGAAAGUAAAGGCUACGAAUUUGAAUCUGAUACUGACACAGAAUCUAUUGCGAAGUUAGUCAAAUACAUGUAUGACAAUCGUGAGAGUGACGACAUCAGCUUUGCCACCCUGGUGGAGAGGGUCAUUCAGCAACUGGAAGGUGCAUUUGCUCUAGUCCUGAAGAGUAUCCAUUAUCCAGGUGAAGCAGUUGGUACUAGGCGGGGAGGCCCUCUCCUGAUAGGCGUGCGAAGUGUGCAUAGAUUAUCCACUGAUCACAUCCCUGUGCUAUACCGAUCAGCUGAUUUUAAGAAGGAUGGACUAUCAAUGGAAUCAGAAAACAAAAGUUUAGGUAAGGACAAGAAGGGAAACUGCAGCCUUCCUCGUACUGACAGCACCACCUGCUUGUUUCCAGUAGAGGAGAAAGCCGUUGAGUACUACUUUGCAUCAGAUGCCAGUGCUGUGAUUGAGCACACAAACCGAGUGAUCUUUCUGGAGGAUGAUGAUGUGGCAGCUGUGGUAGACGGACACCUCUCUAUCCACAGGAUCAAGCGCAGAGCCGGUGAUCACCCAGCCCGUGCCAUCCAGACUCUGCAGCUGGAACUGCAGCAAAUCAUGAAAGGCAAUUUCAGCUCCUUUAUGCAGAAGGAAAUCUUUGAACAACCCGAGUCUGUUCUGAACACCAUGAGAGGAAGAGUCAAUUUUGACGACUAUACAGUGAUUCUCGGUGGUUUACAGGAUCAUAUCAAGGAGAUUCUGAGGUGCCGACGUUUAAUCCUCAUCGCUUGUGGGACAAGUUUUCAUGCUGGUGUUGCUACUCGACAGGUGCUGGAAGAGCUUACGGAACUGCCCGUCAUGGUUGAACUUGCCAGUGAUUUUUUGGACCGAAACACCCCAGUCUUCAGAGAUGAUGUCUGCUUCUUCCUCAGCCAGUCAGGGGAAACAGCUGACACUCUGAUGGCUCUGAGGUACUGCAAGGAGCGGGGGGCCCUGACUGUGGGCAUUACAAACACAGUUGGUAGUUCCAUCUCUCGUGAAACAGACUGCGGUGUCCACAUCAACGCAGGACCAGAAAUUGGAGUUGCCAGCACAAAGGCAUACACCAGCCAGUUUGUUUCUCUCGUGAUGUUUGCACUCCUGAUGUGUGAAGAUAGAAUUUCCAUGCAGGAGAGGCGAAAGGAAAUAAUACGAGGUUUGAAGGCAUUGCCAGACCUCAUUAAAGAAAUCUUAACUCUGGAUGAAGAGAUACAGAAUUUGGCCAGAGAACUGUACCAACAGAAAUCAGUUCUUAUCAUGGGCCGUGGUUAUCACUAUGCCACUUGCCUGGAGGGGGCGCUGAAAAUCAAAGAGAUCACGUACAUGCAUUCUGAGGGUAUCCUGGCUGGUGAGCUGAAACAUGGUCCCCUGGCCCUGGUUGACAAGCUGAUGCCAGUUAUCAUGGUGAUCAUGAGGGACCACACAUAUACCAAGUGCCAAAAUGCUCUACAGCAAGUGGUCGCACGUCAGGGCCGUCCGGUGGUGAUUUGUGACAGGGAUGAUUACGAGACUAUCAAGAGUGUAAACCGGGUAAUUAAAGUGCCUCACAGCGUGGACUGCCUGCAGGGUAUCCUCAGUGUCAUCCCACUCCAGCUUCUUUCCUUCCACUUGGCUGUUCUACGGGGAUUUGAUGUUGACUGCCCCCGAAACCUGGCUAAAUCAGUGACCGUGGAGUGACACGCUGUACAGAAUCCACAGGAAAGACAGAGGGCCAAUGUUUAUUUUUUAACCUGAAAAAUCUUAACGUUUUUUAUAUUUUAGAAAGUUUGUAAACCCACUGGGAUAGUCUUUGUAUUUUACUUUUUAGAAUAGUGCAACUUAUAUGGGGCAGUUCUACACAUGUAGGCCUGUGCAGUUCUGAGUCAUUCGAAGAGGAAAUAGAAGGCAAGAUCGCUCCGCAGUGGGCUGUUAGCUUAAUUUUUUUAUUUUUGGUUUUGUCUAUGUUCAGUAUUUCUUCUGUAUAGGUUGAAUUUCAAAGCAGGGUUUCAGCUGUUUCUCGCCAUUUCCAUUCCAAAUCAUGUUAAUUUUGGUGUAGAAAGGGAAUAAAGGCUCGUGAGCACAGUGCACUGAUCUCUCUGUUAGUAAUAUCAGUCACUUGUUUUUUGGACCAAUAAAUGACUGAUCAAGUCUGUGAUUUGGGAACACUAAUCUGGAGUGGAGUGAAAGGGGUUCCGCUGGCAUGACAGAAACUAUACCCUGUGCCCGUUCUUGAGCAGAAAUAUGUCACGGAAAGAGAGCCGGAAAUGAGAUUUUGCAAUUUGUUGUGUUGAAAGUUACACCACAUGGGCAAGAGCUGGAGGAGGCACGCCAGUUACUUCACCCACGGAUAUGUUGCUACACUCUGUUUCCAAACAUCUGAAAGUUCUAACUUGCUUCACUCUCCCCUGCUGUCAGGCAUGCCGUCCUCCUGCAAUCUGUGCUCCAAUUUAACAUGUUCUCACAAACAAAAUUCAGGUUUAAAGCUUCAAAUUUCUUUUUUCGCCUGGUCAGAUCAUGUGAUGUGUCCACGGUUAUUGGUUUAUUGUGAGCAGCUGUUGGGAGUUGACUCAGUAAUUCACAUUGUAAAUAGCAAAUUCACGAGAAUAUAAAAUGACUGCUGAAACAGUGCAAGUCAGAGAUUUCUGAAGAAGGGUCUAGGCCUGAAACAUCAGCCUUCCCUCUCCUCUGCUACUGCUUUGCCUGCUGUAUUUAUUCAACUCUACACCUUGUUAUCUCAGAUUCUCCAGUAUCUGCAGUUCCUACUAUCUCCAAGUCAGAGAUUGCUGAGUUGCCUAUAAUUAACCCAAGAUAAUAAAGUGUGGAGCUGGAUGAACACAGCAGGCCAAGCAGCAUCUCAGGAGCACAAAAGCUGACGUUUCGGGCCUAGACCCUUCAUCAGAGGCCUGCUGUGUUCAUCCAGCUUCACACUUUAUUAUCUUGGAUUCUCCAGCAUCUGCAGUUCCCAUUAUCUCUGUAAUUAACCCAAAUCUGUUUCAGUAGGAAUGGCAUUAGCAGCUGAUGAAGAAUAAAAGCAGCUCACUUAAGUUGCACUUUAUCUUCACAUUCCUCCACUCCACCCCAAAAUAUCUCCACUUCCAAAAUGGGGAAAGAAACAUGAAACCUCUUAAAACUGACAAAUGAUAGUUUGAACUUGGGCUGAAACCCUGCUGUAUGUAUGAUUCGUUAUUUAUGUUGGCUUAAUACUUUAUACUGUGACUUUUAGUUUCCUUGGUCCUUGCAUGAGGUUGAAGGUUGUGGCACAAAAGGAUAUCCAUGGAUUUCCUUUCGAAAUGUGAAUCAAAAAAGCAAAAUCAAAAUACAAGAAAUUAAAUGAAAAAUAACCUUGAAAAUCAUUUCAUGGAAGAAGUUGACUUUGCUCAUUCAAGGAUACUGCUCCUUAGCUCCUGACGAAAGCAGCAGGUGAAUGUGAACAUGGCGAGUUGGUAUUAGUCAUGGGCAAGCAUGUCACUGGCACAAACAGUAUCAAAGCAGUGUGCAUGUGGUGCAUGAAGAAGUAGAAUUUCAGCCUUCUCAGCUUAAAUUAAUUGGACAUGCUGCAGUCUGCAGGAGAGUAACACUCCUGCCUUCCCGUGGAUCCUGUCACUCCACACAAGUGUAAAACUCCAAAUGUGGACAAAUUGAAGGAAAAUUUGCAUACAGUAUUGAAGGCUGUUCCUUUCUGCAAAUAUUUAGAUGCACUGAGUCGCACUACACAAGGUCUUUCAACUGCUGGAUUGUAACUCAGUUUAAGACCUACUUUUGCUAGCUAUGCAGCACAUCUAAACAGAGUGCUGCAAGUGGUCUGGAACACCACAGUGUGUUUUUAUCCUGUCUGCGUUCAGAAGAUUUGAACAAAAUUGUCAGGUAUCAAGUGUUUUUUCUCUACGCCUUAUCACCCCCCUCCCCACCUCCACCCUGUACCUUGAUGUAGCUGUCUGCCAAGGUUUUUAUUCAUCUCGUGUUAAGAUUGAAAUUUGAUUCCAGCCUCAUUGUAAUGCAAUGUAUCUGGAAGUAUAGUCUUGGAGAAUUUUGAUAACUGGACUAUUUAAAGACGAAAUAAAUUUUGCUGAGCUCGCCAAUGUCGAGUGUUGCUGUUAAACCUAA